CAAUCUUGAGAAAAAGUCACCCUACCUCGUAGCAUCUCAAAGAUGGCAAACCGUCAUUUCCUUACUAUAAUUCCUUUCCUCUUUCUCACCCUGCUCCCCCACUUGAUGAACGCCAACGAGACAGCCCCGCAGCUUCCAAAACCGGCAGAGAAGGUCGCUGACGUCGUGGUCGAAGGUGUCGUCUACUGCCAAAGCUGUGAGACCUACGGUACGUGGCACCUGAGCGGAGCUAAGCCUAUUGAAGCAGCCACCAUUAGUGUCAUCUGCAAAGAUCACAGAAAUCGAGUCAGCUACUACAAGGCAUUUGAUACCGAUAAAAAUGGUUACUUCUAUGCACAGCUUAAAGGCUUCAAGAUGAGCCACUCUUUCUUGGACCAUCCCCUACAUUCAUGCAAAGUAAAACUGGUGUCUUCCCCUCUCAAAACCUGCAACCUUCUCACCAAUGUCAAUUAUGGACUCUAUGGUGCUCCACUUCGCUACGAAGACAAGAGAAUUGUUGGAAAAAACUACGAGGCAGUGAUAUAUGCUGCAGGUCCACUGGCUUUCCGCCCGGAUCAUUGUGCUCCUAAGGAAGAACCCUAAAUUAAUUAUUAGCUCCCCAAGCCCUGAUAAAGCUCCAUUUCCAAUUUUCCCUAUGUUGUUUAUCAAUCUACAUUUCCAUUUAUUAGAAAAUAUUCUAUUUGUAAGUCGAAUUAUUUAUGAAGUAUCCUGAGCAGCUUCUUGAUUUGUGAAUCA